CCGCGAGCCGCUGCACUCUCUCAGAUCUCCGUCUAGCUUAGCUUCGCUCCUCCCCCACCAACCCACCUUCUUCGCCAACAAUGGCGCCGCCGUCGCGGGUCCUCCUCCUAGCCGCGCUCUUCCUAGCCGCCUCCACCAUGGCCACAGCCCAAAAGGCCAAAGCCAAGCCCGCCCCCGCAGCCGCGGACGGUCCCGGAGCCGCCGCCGCCGACGCGGGCCCGCCGACGAACGUGACGUCGGUCCUCGAGAAGUCCGGCAAGUACGGCACCUUCCUCCGCCUCCUCCACGAGACGCGCGUCGACACGCAGCUCAACAGCCAGCUCUACGACAGCUACAACGGGCUCACCAUCCUCGCCCCCACCGACGCCGCCUUCGAGGACCUCCCCUCGGGCACCAUGAACGGGCUCUCCUCCCAGGACCAGAUCCAGAUGAUGCUCUACUGCGUGCUGCCCCGGUUCUACAGCCUCUCCAUGCUCGGCACCCUCAACGGCAAGGUCAGCACCCAGGCGUCCGGGUCCGACGGGCCGUACGAGUACAAGAUCAAGCCGUCCGGGAGCAAUGUCAAUGUUUCUACCGGGGUUAAGGGCAACAACAUGCUGCUUAGCACCAUUGUGAGCAAGGAGUUUCCUCUGGCGGUUUACUCUGUGGAUAAGGUGCCGCUUCCUUACGCGCUCUUCGGGCCACAGCCGCCGACGCCGGCCCCGGCUCCCGCGCCGGCGCCGUCGAAGUCGAAGAGCAAGAAGAAGAAGAAGGUCAUUGCCGACCCGCCUGAGUCCGACUCUGAUGACUCCACCGCCUCCGACACCAAGUCCGCCGCCGCCGCCCGUGUGUCUGCGUCCAGGUGGGUCGCCGCCGCCGCGCUCGCCGUCCUCGGCGCCGCCGGAGGAGUCCUGCUCUGAGAAUAGAAAGGAAAUCGCUUCGAAUUCGGUGAGAAUUGAAGACGGUGGCGUUCUCUGCGUGAUUGAGCUGGUGUGGUGUAUACGUAGUAGUAUACGAUGCUCCGCAUUUGAUUGAUUUGAUCGAUUCGGUCGAUUUGGUCGGUCGGUCGAUUCUUGUACCAAGAACACUUUGUUGCUGUGUAUGUGCAUCGGCUUUAUUCUUUCUUCUUUUUCUUCUUUUCUUGCUGCUGCUGAUUUGUAUCUUGUAAUUUAUGUGAUAUACACUCCUCCUACACACUGCUGCUUCAUCUU